CCUCGUCGUCCUCGAGGGUUUAGUCUGAAACGAAAUCGUGGAAGGAUUUGAAACAGAGUGAUAUAAUCUCCAAAGACUCAUAGAUUUCGAGAGAGAGAGAGAGAGAGAGAGAGAGAGAGAGUGAGUGAGUGAGUGAGUGUGUGUUUGGAAGAGGGAGAUAGAGAGAAGAUGGAGCAACAACAUCAACAGGAGCAGAACGAGCAAGACCAGGAGCAUGACGUGUAUGGUGGAGAAAUACCUGAUGAAGGAGAGAUGGAAGCCGAUGUCGAAAUGUCUGGUGCCGAGAACGAAGAGGAUCCUAAUUCCAAGGAGAACCUUGAGGAAAUGAAGAAAAGGCUUAAGGAGAUCGAAGAAGAAGCAGGUGCUCUUCGUGAGAUGCAGGCCAAAGUCGAGAAGGAGAUGGGCGCUGUUCAAGGUACCCUCCAUAGCUCUUUUUAUCUGUCUGUACUGUAUGUGUGAUUGCGUUUAUUUUUG